CUUCUUUAAAAAACACAAAAAGAUAUUACUAACUCCUAACUUUUAAAUGGUAGUGCAGCUAAAACAGUCAUUAAUAGCAUUGACGUGAAUUAAAUUAUAUAAUAUAACAACAUAUACCGAAUAUUUUAUCAAUUUUUUUUUACAUAUGCAAAUUUUAUUAUAGUCUAUUUAUCAAUGUCCAUUUAAAACUUAAACACAUUCCUCCUGCAACUGUGUCAAGCACACAAAGGAAAACCACAAACCGUGUCCGCUUAAGACUAGAAACUAUUGAGGACCAUUAAGAUUUAAAUGAUACCUGUAGUCUCUACCAACACAGAAUUUUAAGAGGCACUAUGACAAUACAUUCAGACUCCUCCAUGUAGAGACCAAAAAAAUUUCAUAUGGCUGUGAUCUUGCAGUAUUUCUAUCACAACUAAAAUCUGAAGGUUUGUUUGAGGGUUUUUUGCAACAUGACUGUUGUUUUUGAGGUUGGCCACCUAAGCUGAUGUGUCGAAUGCAACUGUGCGAACCAUGAAAACAAACAGCAGAUUGUCUACCUCAUUGAGAGAAUGUGUUAAAAAGGUGGUUACUAAAUGAGUGAGGAGCAGACGCAACCAACAUUACUUCCUCAUCUGCUCUGCCAUUGUGGACUUGUGCUGCCGUUCUGAUGUAUGUUUUCUUACUAGGAACCAUGACGAUGAACACCACAGUAGACAACAUCACCAGCCCCGCAAUCACAACCAACUCAAGCCCACCAGCCCACAUCACCAAGCCCUUCAGAGACGCCCUGAUCACUAUCUACACUGUUGUGCUUCUGGUGGGCAUCACGGGCUUAAGCGUCAUGAUCAGCCUGCUAAAAACCAACAUUCGCUCGUUAACCACCAUCGCCUUCCUGAACUUGAUGGUCGCACACUUUCUUUUCCUGCUCACCGUGCCAUUCAGAAUCUACUACUACGCGUCCGAAUCAUGGCACCUGGGUCCGGAAUUCUGUAAACUGGUCAGCGCCAUGGUGCAUCUCCAUAUAUACAUGGUGUUCACCAUCUACUCCAUUCUUCUCACGGUUCGCUUCCUACAUUUUUACAAGAAAACGCAGCGGACUGAGUUCUACAGGCGGCUGCACGGGCUGGGCGCGAGCGCUCUGGUGUGGACGAUCCUGUUCAUCAUCAUACUCCCACUCGUGCUGAUCCAAUACGGAAACGACGACAUACCACAUAACCAGUGCUUCAAAUUUGGGGAUGAAUUACAAACUCCCUUUGUUUACGUCCUGAACAUGAUUCUGUCCAUCCUUCUGAUCACCGUGUCGUGUUUUCAGGCCUGCAUCCAGACGAUCAUCCUGCGCCAGAUGAUACUCAAGUACGGACCCGCCAGCCGCUCCCAGCAGGAGUUUUGGGUCCAAAUAAAAAACCUCAGCUUUGUACUCAUCAUGCUCACCUGCCUGGUACCGUACCACCUUUUCCGGCUACAAUACCUGAACAAAACUAAUGACCUUCAUCAGAUCAAUGAAGUGUUUCUGGCCAUCACCGGGCUUACCUGUUUCGACAUGCUGACGUUCACAGGGAAGAGCAUAUAUAAAGUGUGCUGGACAUAAAGCGGAUAAAAAACUAUUUUCAGCAUCACUAAAGGUCUGCAGAUGUGAAGCUGGAAAACGUUUUUAACAGAAAACGAGUGCACUCAUUAUAAUACGGUAAAGACAGUAAAGGUGAAUGAACAUCAGUCUAGGCAAAAUGUAGCCUAUAUAGCCAACCAUGUUAGCCGUAUUUUGCGCCAAAUUAGUGGUUCAUGGUGACUCUGAAAGCGUUUUACAUUGUUUGAAACGCAGACCUGUUUCUUUUUUUUUUUUUUUUUUUUUUUUUUUACAUUUUCUGAUCCUUUUAUUUGUUGUAACAUGACAGAUCCAAUAUAGCAUGGUAAUUACAGUAACAUAAACACAAACACUGUACUUAGUGUACUGUUUUUAUUUACUCAAUACACAAUAACUGAACUGAUUUCUAAAGUAACGUUAUGCAUCUCAGUGAAUUUAAGGCUUACGUUCUAAGAACGUUGGCUAAAGUUCUGGUAAGGGUAUGAAUACACGUUCUUCCACAUAAUACAAGCGUUCUGUCAAA